UGUUUUUGUUCUCUAAGUUUUGAACAAUGGCUACUGAAAAUGUUGAAAUCACGGUGACUCCACGACUCAUCCCUCCACCUUGUAUGGGAAAUUUAAUUACAGUGCUAAGUAUUGAUGGAGGGGGAGUUAGAGGCAUCAUCCCAGGAACCAUCCUUGCUUUUCUUGAAUCAAAGCUUCAAGAACUUGAUGGUGAGGAUGUGAGGCUAGCUGACUAUUUUGAUGUGAUCGCGGGGACAAGUACUGGUGGUCUUUUGACUGCAAUGCUUGCAGCUCCUAACAAGGAUAACAGGCCACUCUUUAGAGCUAAAGAGAUUGUUGAUUUCUAUUUAGAGAAUUGCCCCAAGAUUUUCCCUCAGAAAAAUACCUGGAUUUUCGAUUCAGUGCUUAGAUUGAUCAAAGCUGCGGCUGGACCCAAAUAUGACGGAAAAUUCUUGUGCUUCAAAGUCAGAGAACUGCUUGGUGAAACGAAGUUGAACCAAUCUCUGACCAACAUAGUAAUACCUACAUUUGACAUCAAGCUUCUUCAGCCUGUACUCUUUUCCACAUUCGAGGCGAAAACUGAAACAUCGAAGAAUGCUCUUCUUGCUGAUAUUUGUAUUAGUACUUCAGCAGCUCCUACUUUCCUCCCUGCUUAUUACUUUCAGACCGAAGAUUCUUCAGGAAACAAGCGUGAAUAUAACCUUGUUGAUGGAGGUGUUGCAGCAAAUAACCCGACAUUAGCCGCAAUAAAUCAAGUCUCAAAGGAGAUUUUAAUGGAGAACCAAGAUUUCUUCCCAAUAAAACCGACGGAUUAUGGAAAAUUCCUUGUGCUAUCUCUAGGAACAGGUGAAGGGAAGCAACAUCACAGGUAUAGUGCAAAAGAUGCUGCAAAGUGGGGAGUUCUUGGAUGGUUGUUCAACAAAUGCGACACACCUUUGAUCGACAUAUUUACUCAGGCGAGCGCUGACAUGGUGGACAUACAUGUGUCUGUGCUCUUCAAAGCCCUUCAUUCUGAGAAGAACUAUCUUCGUAUUCAGGACGAUACUCUAGAAGGAACCACGUCAUCAACAGAUAUCUCAACGGAGGAGAACUUAAACAAGCUGGUUCAAGUUGGCAACGAGCUCCUCAAAAAGCCAGUGUCAAGAGUGAACGUAGAGACAGGAGUUUAUGAAUCUGCCGGUUCUGUUAUGACCAAUGAAGAAGCCCUCACUAAUUUUGCUGAACUUCUUUCCCAUGAAAGGCGACAUAGAAGAGCAAAUACCCCAACUUGACGAUGAUGAGGAAGUCUGUGAAGAAAAAGGAUAAAGAGAAGCCGUCACUUGACAGAAAUACAACAGUUGAAAAAAAUGGUUUGUGAAUUUAUGUGUGGGAACCAAGUUGGUGCUAGAAAAUGAAGUUCCAUAAACAUGAACUUUGAUAUUGU